AUGGAAAUCGACGACUUCACCAAAUAUCUCGCUGCCACUGGCUUUUCAGCGCGCGAAGCUGAGAUUCGAACAUAUGUAGCACAGGGCGCCGAAGAUGUACGGGCCAUCAUGACUUCUUCGCUCUCGCCUGACGAGCUUCGACGCAUUGCAGCUAGCCAAGUUCACCCUACGAUUCGUGGACGCCUAGUCACUGGCAUCAUUUGGUAUCUCACUUCACUGGCAGCUGAACGCAACCAAGCCUUUCUGUCUGGCGCUUUUCUCUGCCUUGAUCCUCAUGGUCGGCUUUCUGCCUUCUUCUCAAGUAUUGGCAGUCUGCGAACCAGUAGCCAUCUCAGGCGCCACAGCGCACCGGGCUGUACUGGAGGAAUUGAUCUCGUAGUAGAUGGCGCUUUGCCACCACUCGCAAACAACCACCGACACGUGCUUUUUAUUUCUGUAAAAAAUGAUAAAUACCGUGGAAAUUGUUUGUUGCUCAAACCUGAGCCUUACGGCAUCUCUGGAUUUCGAGACCUUGGCCACCACACCGAUCGCUACGUCCGCUCACUCUCGCGCCGGUUCCGAUUUGGCGGCAACGAUCGUCACGGGAUGCGAAAGGAGCGUAUUCCAGAUCGUCAUGUCAAGGCCUUUUCAGAAGCGGUGGCUCAUCUUCCGGAUGGCGAAAGUGCUAUCGCAGAGGUUGGCAAGAAAGGCGCAGGCGAAGGGAUUGCUGGAAUGCAUGCCUAUCUUACCGCAAAGACCCGUGAUGGAAGUGUUACGCCUGCUUUGGCAGCGUUGUUGCGUCAACUUGAAGCGGAAUACGAUUUUGUCAGCUUGCGGUUUGGCAAUGAAGUGUGUAUCGAUCUCCUUGCCGAGAUUUCGAGGACACUGCCUGGAGCGCCAGGAGUUGUUGGCCCGUCGCCAUCCCUUUUAUGGCUGCAGGCUAAGGAACAAGAAGUUCUGACAUCUGCAGUCACUACAGAGACGCAGAAACCUGCCAUAAGCCUAUAUAAUCAAUAA